CGCAUCGCGUCAAGCAGUAGUUUGCCUUGCCGGCCGCAGCCAUGGCAGCCACGGCGGAGCGGGCAGCGGGCCUGCCUUCGGCCUGCCGCGCGGCGCAGCUCUCCUAGUGCGUCGCCCACUGCUUGGCGGCGACAGAGGAGUCCGGGACCCAGCUGCAGUCGCUGCAGUUGCCGGCAGCGCCGCCGGAAGUCGAUAAGCAAGGGAAGUCCGGCAUGGAGGACGACGGCAGCCCCGCCGGCCAGGACGCCGACGAGACCUUCAGCGACGACGACACCACCACCUUGGCGGACUCCGAGACCGAGACGGCCACGCUCAUCGACGAGGAGGAAGACCACGACCUCCGCCUGGCCGCCGACGAUGACGACCACGCCGACGACCAGGCCGACGGCGCGGCGCACGUGAGCGCCGUGCUGGUGCGGGCCCCCGGGGCCCCCACGUCGCCGCCCAACGCCCUGGACGUCGUGAAGGUGUCGGUGACGGUGAAGGGCAAGACGCAGCUGCUGGAGCUGGACCAGAACGUCCCGCUGCAGGACGUGUGCCAGAUGCUCUGCGCCGAGCACGGCCUGCGCUGGAGGCCCGACCACUACGCGCUCACGACGGUCGUCGCCGCGGCGGGGCGCUACAAGGCCAAGGGGGCGGCCCAGUUCGCCUCGCACAAGUACAUCUCGGAGCUGAACCGGCACGAGCUCGCGCACGGCGCGGAGCUCACCCUGGUCUACGCCCCGGAGGUGUUCUGCGACCACAUCAUAGCGCGGAUGCUGGAGCGCGCGAAGCACGAGGAGUGGUCCCGGGCCCUGCUGCAGCUGGCCGAGCUCUCCGGCGACACCACCUUCGUGACGGAGUUCGCGUCGCGGCCCGGCGCCGUCGGCCUGGUGCUCGGCGUGCUGCUGGCCGGCAAGGCGCACCGCCUGCGGACGCGCGAGAAGGUGUGGACGCUCAGGAUACUGCUCUGCUUGGUGCGCCACGGCACGCUGACGGGCAGGGAGACGGCGCUGCCCGAGCUGGUGGAGGUCCUGUGCGUGCUGGUGCGCGCCGAGCAGGGCGUCGACGCCGACGUGCUGGAGUCGUCGCUGCGAGUGCUGACCGCCGUGAGCGCCAAGGCCUGGAACCUGUCGCCGGUGCCGCAGCUCGGCGUCGUGGACCUGGUGCCGCUGCUGUGGGACUCCAACAAGCCCGGCGUGCAGGCCGCCGCCUUGGAGCUGAUGAACGCCCUGGCGGCGAGGGAGGGCCGCCUGGGGCCCGACAGCGCCGAGGGCCGGGUGCAGGUCACCAAGACCGUCACCUCGCCGAUGGUGUGCACCAUCAUCGUCCAGAACAUCCUCUGCAGCCCGGUGCGCUCCAACAUGGCGCGACAGCUGUCCCAGCUGCAGUCGCUCAUCCUGCAGCCGCUCAAGAAGGCCAUGGCCACGAGGGCCUCGUCGGCACUGCAGCCCUUGGACCCCCUCGUGCUGCCCAGGCCACCGCCGCGCCUCUUGCGGCGAAAGACCUCGGCCGCCUCGCUGCUGCACAGCCGUAGCUGGUGCGGGGAGGAGGACAAGGACGCCGUCAGGGGCGCGGACGGCGCGCGGGACCGCCGCUCCCUGGAGGAGGAGUCCCCGUACAAGCAGCUCUCGGGCAGCCCGAUGGCAGUGGCUGAACACGAGUCCCCGUACAAGAUGCUCUCGGGCAGCCCGAUGGCGGUCGCUGAACACGCGGCCCUUGCCGCGCCAACCACGGCGUCGAGCACGGCGUCGAUGACGGCCUCCACGACCAGCUUGAACUUCAGGGGGUCGACGACGAGCCUGGCCAGCGUCACGAGUACGGCCUCGGACAUCAGCCAGCACAGCGUCUCAAGCCUCUGGACGGAGUUCGCCGACGACGUGCCGGAGCCGAAGCCGACGCUCAGCGGCCUGGGCGAGGAGUGCCUGCAGUACCUGUCUUCGCACCACCCCGACCUGGCGCGGCGGGCGGAGGGUGAGGAGGAGGCGCUGCACGGCGCGCUGUCCGUGACGGCGGAGCGCCUCGUGCGCCUCCUCGGCGCCGAGCUGUCCCUGUGCGACGACGGCGGCGCCUGGAGCACCCCGACGACCGCCACCGCGACGCGCGCCAAGGCCACGGCGGCCAAGGCCCACCUGUACCAGCCGCUGGUCUUCGCCAGGGAGGUGCCCUUCUUCCACGAGCUGUUCUGCCGCGGUCUCAACCUGCUGGCCAAGACGCGCAGGGAGAUGCGGGCCAAGACGCAGCGCGACCAGGACAAGGUGCUGAGAGUGGUGCGCCGCCAGUUCCGCGAGGCGCUCAACGCGCAGGUCAACAGCUGGGACCAGAUGGACCGCUGGCUGAGCGAGCUGCCGUACUCGGCGGUGGCGGCACUCUGGGAGAAGGAGUGCCUGUCGGCGGAGCAGGACACGGUGCUGAGCUCGCCGGCCGUGCAGCAGCUGCGGCAGCGGCGCCUCGGGGACCACGGCGUGCGCGGCGCGCCCGGGCUGCGGCAGCUCGUCCGCCAGCAGCGCCUAUCCGCGCUCAGGGCGGGCACCAAGUUCCGGCGCCCGGGCCUGGGCCGCCUGCACCGCAGCGCCUCCAAGCGCGAGAGGGCCUUCGUGUGGGUGUGGCUGGCGCAGCGCGACGCCGCCCUGCAGCACGCCGAGUGUGGCCAGGACGCCGCCGACCUGGCCGACGUGACCGGCACGCCGCAGGCCGUGCAGCUCGCCGCCGUCACCACCGUGGUCACGGGGAGGAAGUGCGCCAGCGUCUACGGCACCAGGGGCCGCAAGCAGAGCGCCGCCUCGGACUUGGCGCUGUCCCUGGUCCUGGACCCGCAGGAGAGCGACGCGGGGUCGCUGGACCUCAUCGCCCCCGACGUGGCCACCCUGGAGGCGUGGGCGGACGGCCUGAACAUGCUGCUGGGUAAGGAGUACCUGAGCGCGGCCGUCAAGAGGGACCUGGACCUGCUGCUGGACAUGGAGGUGCGGCUGCAGCUCAUGGAGCUGGACGGCGUGACCCCGCCCGCCGAGCCGCCCCCGGUGCCCCCGCCGCCCCCGGACUACGACUUCGUCACGUAGAGAAAUGAAGGACUUCAUGUUUUUACCAAAAAAACCACAAAAAGUGUCAACGGACUGAAAAGGAAACGACGAAUUUUUAUAAUAAAAUUAGCUACUUCA